UCCUAAAAACCCAGAACCAUAGCAGAGAGUAAAAACGCCACUGAAACUUCCAGAGUCCAGGGAAAGGAAAUUCCACGACGUCAGGUUUUGCCCUUUGUCAUGGAUUAGAAGUCAGGGCGUGGCAACCAGGUACUUGUGCUUUUGGCCCAACGGUUUGGACCGUAGCCAUGGCCGAGAAGGACGAGCUCACCGAGUCGCUCAAUGACCUCUUCACCAGCGUCUCCACCAUGGUCAAAUCCGAGCUCCAAGGGACGAACAAUCACCUGGAGCUGUUGGAGAAGAUGAAUCUGAGAGUGGCCGAAGAGUACAAAGGCUUCGGUGACGUGGCCUCCGGGCUGAGAGUGUUCGUGGAGCAGUUGAAGUCCAAGAGUGGCAGCUUCGACCAGUACGUCCAGCAGAUCGAUGCCAUAGAGCAGCAAGUCACCGACUUUGAAGCUGUCAUCUCAGUGCUUGAUAACCAUGUGUCUUUGUUGGAAUCCAAAGUGCAAUCUCUGUACCAACAGCCUCCCACUUCGUCAAAUAAUUAACUAUUUGCUCAUUGA